AAUAUUUCAGGUUAAUUUUUAGUAUUAGUAAACAUGGGGAAGGAAGAUGAGGUUGGUGAUUUGGUUAAUCUACCCCAAAAACGGUAUUACCGACAAAGGGCUCACUCGAAUCCCAUAGCGGAUCACUGCAUUGAUUAUCCACAGACUCCUGAUGAUAUGGAUUGGGAUAAGUAUUACCCAAACAAAGGGGAAAAGAGCGUGGAAUUCGCAGACAUUGGUUGCGGUUAUGGUGGGUUACUCAUAACCCUAGCCCCAAUGUUUCCUGAAAGCCUGAUGAUUGGCAUGGAAAUUAGAGUGAAAGUUUCUGAUUAUGUGAUGGAUCGCAUUGCAGCUCUGAGAAUUCAAAACCCUGAUGUUUACAAAAACGUCGCUUGUCUCAGGACGAACGCCAUGAAAUAUUUGCCAAAUUACUUCAAGAAAGGCCAACUGAAAAAGAUGUUCUUUUUGUACCCAGACCCACAUUUCAAGAAAGCAAAGCACAAGUGGCGCAUCAUCAAUAAAACGCUAUUAGCCGAAUACGCAUAUGUUCUGAGAGAGGACGGUAUUGUUUAUACUGUGACUGAUGUUAAAGAUUUACAUGAAUGGAUGGUUCUACAUUUUGAGGAACAUCCUUUAUUCGUCAGAAUUACAGAUGAAGAAUUGAAAUCUGAUCCAGUUGUUGACAAGUUGUUUAGUAGUUCAGAGGAAGGGCAGAAAGUGACGAGAAAUAACGGGGACAAGUUUUUGGCUGUAUUCAGGCGUAUUCGAGAUCCAAGCGUUUAAUUUAUUAUUUCAACUAAAUAUUCAAUGGAUUAAUCUAAUUGGAUUUAUG